CGCGCGCUUGAGCGCACCGCAGGGCGAAGGAGGACCCCCGCCCCCCUUUCCUUCUGUCCUCAAUCCCUGGCGAUGCCUCUCUGCCUAACUCGAGGUGUCCCACCUUCUCCUCCCCGCCCUCCUGCUCACACUCUGAGAUCCGAAGAGGAACUUGGAAAGCU